GUGCAUGCAGCCAAUUAUACGCAAAGGGCCGACACCGGUGAUCGGACUCGAGUGGCCGUGGCGCGAAGGCAGCUAGCUGGGAGAUGAGCUGUAUACCUACAUAGAGAUGCAGCUAGAUCAUGCUGACUCUGGACAUGGAUGAUUCUUGAACAGCUGAUUUUUACUCUUACUAAAUCUGCGACUGCAAAUAUAAAAACUUUGAACUGUUUAGUGUUGGAUCUGAAAUAGAAAUCUAUGCAAAUUAAGGUGUCUGGAUUAAGACCCUCAUCAUCUACAGAAAUACCCUGUUGUAAUAGAUUUCCAUCAAAAGUGACGUUUGGAGCCAGAAAUCUUGGAUUGGUGGUGUCCAACAAUCAGUCGUAACAACAGAGGCUGAAGCGGAGAUUUGGAUCCAGAUUUAGUGUGAAGUCCUUGGUUGAGUUUGAGAAAUCCACAUUUCAACAAUGUUUCAAGCUAUCAUUCGCAGCACCUCGAGCAUUACAAGGAGAAUGCUGACAGCUCUUCAGCCAAGGGGUCUAUCGGGAGUACAAGAUGCUACCGAGGGAGAAGGAAGAAUAAAAACAGUCCUGCAGGAUAAAUUUCCAACUGCAACAAGCAUUGAGGUGGAAGAUAUAUCAGGUGGCUGUGGAGCAAUGUAUCAAAUCCAUGUUGAAUCGGAUGUCUUCAAAGGCAAGAGAACUGUGCAACAACAUAUGAUGGUGAAUAAGGCCUUAGCCGAGGAAGUAAAAGAGAUGCAUGGUCUGAGGAUAUCAACAACUGUCCCAGAGGAGACUAGCUGAUCACAGGAUCAGUCCAACCUGCCAAUGGAUAGCAGAGAUCUCACAAGACAAGAUGAAGGAGGACUACUAAUAUUGAUUGGGACAAAGGAGUGUAACAGUGCUUUGAUUGUCAAUGACUAGUGCAUCCGUGAUGCUAUCAAGUGUUUUGGUCAUUCUAGUGUGAUUGGUCUACCCUUUUGACAUUCAGAGAUCUCUAAUCGCAAGACAAGAUGAGGGUAUAUUAUGAACAAUGAUUUGGACAAAGGAACAUGACAGUGCCUUGAUUAUCAAUGAAUGGUGCUUCCAUGAUGCUAUCAAGUAUUGGACCAUUCUCAGUUACAUGUGUGACGGAAAUUAUGACAAAUCUUGACUUAAUUAGUUGUAAAUUCAAAACUUUCAGGGAUUUAGCAAUUCAGUGGUUAUAUAGCUAUAGUCGGCUAUCAUUUGGAAGUAUUUUUUGCUGUCUCCAAUAUGCAGGUUCAAGGUGAGAGUUUAAAAAAAAAGAGGGUCAUGCUUGUGACUUCACUCAGAAGCAUACAUGUAUUUUUGAAAGUUUAAUUUCCUAUCAAUUUCAAAAUGGAAAGAAACUUUCAAUAUCAUAAUUAGAUAUAAAUCGCUGCGGCUAAUAUUCUUAGAUUUUUAACUAAUUAGAGUCAAGAUUUGUCAUGAUAUUGGUCAAACACGUGACCAAGAAUGGCCCUAUUAUGGUCAUACCAGUGUGAUUAGCCAAACCUUGUGAUGUUGAGAGAUCUCUAAUCACAAGACAAGAUGAAGCAAGACUACUAACAUUGAUUGGGACAAAUGAGUGUAACAGUGCUUUGUCAAUGAAUGGUGCAUCCUUGAUGCUAUCAAGUGUUAUGGUCAUUCUAGUGUGAUUAGUCAAACCUGACAUUCAGAGGUCUGUAAUCACAAGAUGAGUGGGGGUAUAUAAUGAACAUUGAUUGGAAAAAGCUGCUUUAUUGACGCUUUUUGAUCAAUUUAGUCUGACAGAAACAUUGAAAUGGUAUCCUCUAUACUUAUGGAACUAAUAUUUAUCAUGCACAGUUUGUGAUAUGUCAGCUGUGACUGGCCAUUGUUUGCUGUUCCAUUCAUUGAUAAGGAUAAAAGGUUUUAAUUCCAUUGUCAAGAAUAGACCAGUCCAAUACAUACAUGCUAAAUUACGAGGCAAACAUACGUCAUUGGUACCAGAAUUAUCAAUUUUAUCUACAGUUAAUGCGCUCAUGACUAUGCCUAGUUAAAUGGUACUGAUCCACAUUAAAGUACAUGUAUACUUUUAAUAGCAGCAAUGUGAUGAGGCGUGAAGGCUAAGUAAGUAGAGCAGGGAUUUGAAUUCCGGUGACCCUAGCCCAAUUCCCGCUUGGUGCACUUGUGCCCUUUGGUAAGGCAUUUGAAUCCUCGUUACCAGGUCCCUCGGAGAGGACCUUUAUCCUUUGGUCUUCUGGUUGCUUGCUUAGAAGCAUUCAUGCUUUCAUAGCAGUUGGGUAAAAAAAAUUACCACAUCCACCACUGUUUGGAUCCAGAUUCUAAAAUGCUCGAAGUUCUUUUGACCGUUUUUAUAUUAAACUAAGCAGUACAACAGGAAAAAAAUUAUUAUCAUACAAAUCUGUUUGUUGGGUGUUUUGUUAUUUUGGGGGUCAUUAUUAGUGACAUUCUGUAUUUAAUCCAUUGGUGAAUCUUUUUGGCAAGAUAGAUAUAAUCAUUGUAAGGUAUGGAAUUGAUUUUGUGAUAUUGAAAGGGAGAGCAAACUGCUUAACAGUGUGUGUACUUUCUCAUUGACCACAUGUAAUUACCUUUUGAGAUAAUGUUGAUAGCUGAGAGAGUAAAUUAAACUUUAAAUUUUAUGUGUUACAGAGAAAAUAAAAUACUUUGAGAGGAAGCAUACAUGAUUGCAACGUGGUAACAUGAUUAUUGCAGAAUGAUGUAGUAGUGAAUUACUGUGUUAUAAUUC